AGUGGACUGAGCGUCCGAGUUGGAUUGAACAUAUUUUGAACCAAUUGAACCACGAUUUAAGGAAUAUAGAAGGUGCCUUUAUAGUUUAUAGUUGUCAAACAUAAACAUGGCUAAGUUCGAUUUGACGAGUAAGAUGACGAAAUACCUGGACCGGCAUUUGGUAGCUCCACUGCUGGAAUUCUUAUGGGCGAAAAAGAUCUACAAUGAGAAUGAAAUUUUGCAAGCCAAAUUGGAUAUUCUUAAUAAGACUAACAUGAUGGAUUAUGUUAUUGAAAUUUACAAACAGUUGAAUCCUGAUAAAGAAGUACCAGAGGAAAUGAAAACAAGAAGAGAUCAAAUUGUGUCACAGCUUAAUCAAUUUCAAAGUGAGGUUGAUGUUGUGAUGAAUUUUCUCAAAGAUGAUAAAGUCAUGAAAAAUAUGGAAACUAUGAGGGAUCCUAAAACAUUAUCAUCAUAUUUGACCAGUGAAUUCAACUUUAAAGUAGAAAUGAUGGAAAGUAUGUACAAAUUUGCUAAGUACCAUUAUGAUUGUGGAAAUUAUGCUGGUACGACAAGUCAUUUAUACUUUUAUUUAUUAGUUAUGUCGCCUUCUGACAAGAACUAUUUGAAUGUUCUUUGGGGAAAACUAGCAUCUGAAAUUCUUAUUCAAAACUGGGAAACUGCUCUGGAAGAUUUAAACAAACUGCGAGAGUACAUUGAUUCCAAUACUAAUGGUUCUCCUUUACAUUUGUUACAACAACGAACAUGGUUAAUUCACUGGAGUCUAUUUGUUUUUUUCAAUCAUGUUAAGGGACGUGACCUUAUUAUUGAUAUGUUUCUGUACAGGCCAAACUAUUUAAAUGCUAUUCAAACCAUGUGCCCACACAUUCUUCGCUACUUGGCCACUGCAGUUAUUAUCAAUCGUUCAAGAAGAGCAGCUAUGAAAGAUCUUGUCAAGGUUAUUCAACAAGAAUCAUAUACCUACCGUGAUCCUAUAACUGAACUUCUAGAAAAUCUCUACGUUAACUUUGAUUUUGAAGGAGCUAGAGACAAAUUACACGAAUGUCAAAUUGUUCUUUUUAAUGACUUCUUCUUGACUGCAUGCCUUGAUGAUUUUGUAGAAAAUGCUCGUUUGAUGAUUUUUGAAACUUUUUGCCGUAUUCAUCAGUGUAUUAGUAUUGGUAUGUUAGCUGAAAAGCUUAAUAUGAACCCAGAAGAGGCUGAGUGCUGGAUUGUGAACCUAAUCAGGAAUGCCAGGUUAGAUGCAAAGAUUGACUCAAAACUUGGACAUGUUGUUAUGGGAACACAACCUUUGUCGCCUUACCAACAGCUUUUAGAGAAAAUAGAUACAUUAUCAGUACGAUCAGAAGCACUACAACAACUCAUCGAAAGAAAAGUCAAAGCUAAAACUCAAGAACAAGAUCCACUUUGGUACAAUCCCUGAAAAGCUGUUAACAAUGAUGAGAUAUCAACAUGUGUUUUUUUUCAAUAAAACAAGAAUAAUAUUAUUCAUGAAAUGUUAUUUUAUUUAUUUAUUUUUAAUUAUUUAAAUAACAUUUAAAUCAUUUGCUGAA